ACUUAAAAGCCUAGCUCUCAUCCCCGCGUCCGUCUCCUUCUCCCUCUGAGCAUCAUCACAUUCCAUUAACUCCAAAAUGCGGCGGCCAUCUCCACCCUCCUUCCUUCUUCCCCUCCUCCUCCUCCUCCUCUCUGCAACCUCCCCCUCCCCGACCAGCGCCUUCAACAUCACUAAAAUCCUCGCAGUUCACCCCGACUUCUCCACCUUCAACCACUACCUCACCGUCACCCACCUCGCCUCAGAAAUCAACCUCCGCCAAACCAUCACAGUCCUCGCAAUCGACAACGCCGCCAUGUCUUCUCUUCUCGCCAAACACCUCUCCCUUCCCACCCUCAAAAACGUCAUCUCGCUCCAUGUUCUCGUCGAUUAUUACGGCGCCAAGAAGCUCCACCAGAUCACCCAUGGCUCUGCUCUCGCUUCCUCCCUCUUCCAAGCCAGCGGCUCCGCUCCCGGUACUUCCGGUUUCGUCAACAUCACCGAUCAUCGCGCCGGUCUCGUUUCCUUCGCCGCCACCUCCGAUGACCCCUCCGCGCCCCCAUCUCCCGCUUCCAGUUUUGUCAAAUCCAUCAAAGAGAUACCCUAUAACAUAUCCAUCAUCCAGAUCAGCCAGCCCCUUUCAUCCCCUGAAGCCGAAGCCCCCGCCGCGGCCCCCGCACCCGUCAAUCUCACCGAUCUAAUGUCUCAUAAAGGCUGCGCGCUUUUCGCCGGUCUUCUCUCGGCCGAUCACGACACGCUAAACACUUUCACCCAAAGCGCAGAAGGCGGGCUCACGGUUUUCUGCCCAAACGAUCCUGCCGUCAAGGCCUUCAUUCCCAAGUACAAGAAUCUCACCGCAGGUGCUAAGGCCUCUCUCCUGCUCUACCAUGGCUACCCCGUUUACAGCUCCCUGCAGGAGCUUAAAUCGAACAACGGAAUCGUCACGACGCUCGCGACCGACGGCGGUGCUUCGAAGAACUACAAUUUCACGGUACAGGAUGACGGCGAGAACGUCACGCUAGAGACGGGGGUAACCACGGCGACCAUCACAUCGACUUUGAUUAAUCAGGAUCCUGUAGCGGUGUACGGAGUUGACAAGGUUUUGCAGCCGCUGGAGCUGUUUAAACCGGAGGAAACGGAAGCGCCGUCGCCGGCGCCGGCGAAGGGUAAGAAGAAGGGAAAGAAGGAGGCGGAGCCACCGGCCGAUGGGCCGGAUGCGGCCCCGGCGGAUCUGGCUGCUGAUGAUAAUAAUGCUGCUACAGGGAGGAAGUCUAUGAUCGCCGGCGGGGGCGGCGGCGGUAUUAUGGGGGGUGGUAAUCGGGUAGAAAUUACCGCAUCUUAUUUAAUUGAGCUUUUUUUCUCUUCUAUUCUGUGGAUUGUUAUUGGUACCAGUGGUCCGUAG